AACGCAAGUUCAUUGCAGCAGUUGCCGUUCAAUCGCCAGCCGAUCGGCUCCAGAGGCAGUGUGACAUUGCCGAGCUGCGAUUCAAACCCCUCACACACAGCGUGACGGAAUGACAUGAAAUCUCCAACCGGCAGCAAAACAGUGCCCCCAACACACACACACACACACACACACACACUCGUCCGGUGCCGGUGAUAAUUGCCUUUUGGACCAACGACGUCUGAUAAGAUAUAAUCGUGAGCUCGGAGGGGGAUUUCUUCCAGUUUGUCGUUGUUUUACAUUAUUGAAGAAUACGAUCUACGAUCUCCAACCAUGACGACACAGCGCUGGAUCGCGCUAACCCUCGCACUAGCUGCGAUCUGCCAUGUGCACGCCGAAAAUAUACUCUUUCUCCAGACGACGCCCUCGAAAAGCCAUCACAUCUGGAACCGGCAGAUCUUUGACCGGCUGUACGAAAACGGACACAACCUGACCAUCCUUUCGUUCGAGCAGGAAACGUCCGUCCCGGGCAAAACGUUUCUGGUGAUGGACGGGUACUACGCGAAGAUGAUGGCCGCGUUCGCCGACAGUGCGGGUGAUUUCUCCAGCUACGAGCACGCGUUCGGCAACAUCAUGAACGUGUACCAGUACUACAAGGUGGCGAGCGGGCUGCUGGAGGAGGAGGACGCCAUCCAGCGGCUGCUGGCGUACCCGCGCACCUUCCGGUUCGAUCUGGUAAUACACGACUUCACGAUGGGACAGUGGUUGCUUGGCUUUCUGGAGCACUUCCACAAUCCGCCGCUGGUUAGCAUCUCGCCCUACAACAUCCCGUCGUACACGCAGUACCUGGCCGACGUACCGGUCUACACCACCUACCUGCCCCAUCCGGCGUCCAGCUUCGGGACGCGCAUGACUUUCGUGGAGCGGGUUCAGAACACACUGUACUGGUGGUUCGACAUGCUGUACCGGCAGCAGGUGUACAUGCCCCAGGAACAGCAACGGCUGGGGCGCGUCUUUGAGGGUGCGAAUCGCACGCACGUCAAGCUGCUGGAGCGCCGGUCCGAGCUGGUGCUGGUGAACAGUGAUCCGGCGCUCGACUUCUAUCAGCUGCUGCCCCCGAACGUGGUGCAGGUGGGCGGUUUGCACAUCAAGCGCGCGGAGGAGAUGCCACCGAUGAUGAGUCAGUUCAUUGCCCGGGCGAACAAAGGCGUGGUGCUGUUCAGCUUCGGCACGAACGUGCAGAGCGAGAUGCUGGGGGCGGAAGUGAACCGGCAGCUGCUCGAGCUGUUCGCCAGCAUGCCCGACUAUGGCUUCAUCUGGAAGCACGCGAACGCGGACGGUUUGCUGAUGCCCCCGAACGUGCUGAUGGCACCAUGGGUGCCCCAGUCGGCCGUGCUGGCCAACGGGCGCACCAAGCUGCUCGUUAGCCACGGCGGUCUGCUCAGCCUGCAGGAGGCAGCGUGGAACGGCGUGCCGGUGAUUGGGGUGCCCUUCUUUGCCGAUCAGUUUUCGAACGUGCGGCGGAUCGAGCAGGCCGGCAUCGGUAUCGGCAUACCGUCCGCGCAGCUCAACGCCGUGACGCUGAAAGAAGCGAUGGACACGAUACUGAGCGAUAGCAGCUAUCGCGCCCGCGGUAAGGAGCUUUCGUACCGCUUCCGCACACAGCCGGAACCUCCGCUCGAGCGUGCCAUCUUCUGGAUCGAGAAGACGAUCGCCAACAAGGGCCUGCGGUAUCUGCGCUCGCCGACGCGCAGUAUGGCACCGUACCAGGUGUACGGGCUGGACAUGGUCGGGGUCGUGCUGCUGAUCGCGCUCGGAUACUAUCUUAUCUUUAAGCGUCACUCGAAGCCACCGACCGGGGAGGCGAACAAACCCAAGAGCGACUAGUACCCGCGAUAAGGGUGGAAGAUUUCUCUGUGCGGAAAAAAGCACGGUGGCAAAACAACACGGACACGGCGUUUGAGCAGUA